GAAAAAGAAAAGGACAAAUAUUCUACCCUCACAAUAUUGAGGAGGCAGAGAUCUUCUUUCUACAGAAGUCUCGCUUCCCCUCAUUCUCCUUGCAGAGAGACACAGUGCGAGAGAGACCAGAGAUGUCAGACGAAGAGAACCACUUCGAGUCGAAGGGUGACGCGGGAGCGUCGAAGACGUACCCCCAGCAAGCGGGAACUGUCCGCAAGAAUGGCUACAUCGUCAUCAAGAAUCGCCCCUGCAAGGUUGUGGAAGUCUCGACUUCGAAAACUGGCAAGCAUGGACACGCAAAGUGCCACUUUGUAGGGAUUGAUAUAUUCAAUGGGAAGAAACUCGAAGAUAUUGUUCCUUCAUCCCAUAACUGUGAUAUUCCUCAUGUUAAUCGCACUGAUUAUCAGCUCAUCGACAUCUCUGAAGAUGGCUUUGUGAGUCUUUUAACUGAGAAUGGGAACACAAAGGAUGACCUGAGGCUGCCAACUGAUGAUAAUCUUCUUAGCCAGAUUAAAGAUGGGUUUGCUGAAGGAAAGGAUCUCGUGGUCUCAGUCAUGUCUGCAAUGGGAGAGGAGCAGAUUUGUGCUGUGAAGGACAUCGGUCCAAAGAACUAGCAAUGUAUUUGCUAAAAGGAGUACAAUUACAAAUCACUAUGCAAUAGACUUGGGUUAGAGAUCUUCAAAUUCAGGAUGCAGCUGAAGCUGAAUGAUAGGGGAGGAAGUUUACGAUCCUCUUGAAGAGGGCUGCAUCUUGCAUCUGGAGGAGGAGAUCAAACUGUUAUGUGUCUCUCUAUAUGUGUAUGUUAAUGUUCGGUUUCCGAUCCUAUUAUCGGGAAUACCUUGUCUCUAUUGAAUGGAAUAAUAUGUAUGCCCAGUUACCAUGAACUCUAUUACUCGCUUUCUGUUUUAUCUA